ACCUGUUUAUUAGAAGCUUAGUUAACAAACAUGAUGGCUCACGCCGCUGCUUUUUGCUGCAUCUUUCUGUGCUUGGCGAAUUCUGUGGAAUCGACUUUGUUUUUUGUGAAGCGGAAUAAUUUGGAUAAAUAUUUCUGCUUCUCAAUAGAAAAUGGGACGGAGAGCGAACUUUUUGAGGGAAUUUACUGGACUUCGGAAAAGAAUGGAGAGACAAAAGCACUCACUAGCGAAAAUUGGGAGGUUGGAUACUUCCCCAAUGACUACAAAGAUUACCCGACUACAAAUUACGAGUACAUGGAUCCAGAUCCAAAGAAGGCCAUAACAAAUUACCCAGACUUUGGCUUCAUCUUGGAUCACCGUUGGGAAGAACUUCCCAAUUAUGAAAAUGAUUAUUUAGAGGGACCGUUAAUAAGAGAAAUUUCCACUCUACGAAUUUCUCUAUUGGCAAAAGAGAAAAGCACCUUGAGAUUCCUUUCAAAGAAUUACCACCUAGAAUUGACACUUGCGGACAAGAAGAAGACAAUCGAAGUCACCUCGCAUAAGGAUGGUGAAGUAUCAGUGUUAAAAACUCAGAAAUUCUUUAAAGAUCGAUGGAAUCACAUCGAAAUAAAACUUCCACCUGGGUCAGAAAUACAAGAAAAAUGGACAAUUAAGUUUCAGAGCGAGGAUAAAAAUGCCCGAUUAAAAUAUCAUAAUUUGUAUGGCACUCAAUAUCUUUAUAAUGGAACAAACGACAUAUUAAAUGCAAAGGAAAAAUAUCCAGGACAGAAUUGCUGGGUUGCUGAAUUUGCCACCGACAAUUUCAGCAGUUAUAAAUUCACUGAUGGCAAUAUUACAAAUUUCAUUCGACAGAGCUCUGAAGGCAAGUGGAGGAACAAAUUCAUUUUGGCUGGCAAUACUGAUCAAUUAAGUGGAGAUCAAUCGAGUGAAGGGAAUCGCAAAGAAGGCGACGGGUUUUUCCUUUACACUUUAAAAAGAGCGUGCUUGCCUGAAAAUGGACAGGUGCAAAUGUAUUAUCGCCUUGUGAAGAAGACCGAAAGUGACUCGACUCUAACCUGCUCAACUACCACCAAUUCGCAGAGGGUCAAUGAGCGCAUAGUCGGCACUUGGUACAACACUAAUGAAGUCUUACAAUCCGUCGCUCCCAAACUUUUCAAGCCCUUUGAAGGAUUUGACCUGCGAAUAGAUCGCUGCAACGCAUCAGACGAACAUGACACAUGCAAAGGUCUUAUUUUGUGUGACCCCAAUGGGUGCUCCUGCUUACGACCUUACACCGGACCAACUUGUGAGGAAGUUUGUCAGACUUUGGGCACUUAUGGCUGCAGCUAUAUGUGCGGAUUUUGCAAACGAAGAGAGGAAUGUGACCAUGUUAAAAGAAGCUGCAAAGGAGAAUGUGUCUUGGGAUACCGAAGACCAAAUUGUUUUGAAAAAUUUCUUCAAUUUCGAGUAAAGCCGGACCUCUUUGAUACGAAGAUAUCCUUAAAAAAUGCUUUAGAGAACCUCACACAACAGGAAAUUGAGAAGAUUGAAUCCAUCGAUAUCCAGUUUCAGGUUGAAGGGCAGGACAAGUUUCAAAGCAUGCGAAAAAUUGUGACUCCUUUUGAUUUGAAGGCAACAUACGAGCUUCCCGAGCAAAUCGAAUUCAACAAAACUUGUUCUUUCCGAGCAGUGAUCACAGAAAAGAACGAGGAAGAAAUUUUCACUGGACCUAAUUAUCCUGUUCUGCAUUAUUUAUUUGACAACAAGACUUUCUUUUCAAAUAGAUUUAAACAAGACGAUUCAUCAAUUUCUAAAAGUGUACUGAUUUCUUUUUUCACGGUCGCCGCGUCAGUCGUACUUUUGGUUUCAACAUUGCUGAGUUGGAUACGAAAAAGGAGAGAACAAGAAAGGUUAAUUUCUGGGCCCUACGCAACAGUUCAGUAUGAUAAGAAAAUAAAAAAAGCGCAGCACCUUAGGACUGCGAGCACACAAAAUUUAGUAAGGCCGGAAGAUGGUGAAGAAAUGGCAAACGAAGACACAGAAAAUAUCUACGACGAACUAACACCACUAAUACGCAAACAUAUGGAUCCUCUUAAAUUCAGAAGCCAUGUUGAGAAUUGUCUUAAAUUUGACUAUUUUGAAAAGCUUUUCCAUGAAGUUAAAGAAGAAGUUGGGAUUCAAGACUCGGAUUACCUUGCCCCACUAUCAACUAUGGUUAAAUUGCAAGCGAAUAAGGCGAUUCAAACUGACGCUUACUUUUACGAUGGCUUCUCGGGCAAAAAUAGGUACGUAAUUGUAAAGAGCCCUUCCCAAGAAAAUGUGCAGAAUUUUUGGAGACUAGUGGACCAGGAGAAUAUUCAAUCAAUUUUAAUAGUCAACGACGUAGAACCAUAUUGGCCAAAAACUCUGAAUGAAGAAGUGGUUUAUGAUGAUAUCGAACUGGUUUGCGUGGAAAGCCAAGAAUUUUGCAAUUACUCGCUUAAAAUCAUUAAAAUUUGCAGUGGCGGGCAAACGCGAUUGAUUCGCCACCUUCAAUUCAAGUCAUGGUCUGAUUGGGAUUUGCCGCUCAACCACCAGGCUGUGGCUGAAUUCAUACAAAAAAUUGACAUUGAUUGGCACAACAAAGGGCCCAUUUUACUCAUGUGCAGUACAAAAAUCAGCAGAGUUGGAAUUUUGCUCUUUGUCCACAUUUGCCUGGAUAUGAUGGACAAGAAUCAGUCUUUUGAUCCAGAAUACGUUUUGUCAAUCAUGUUGAAGCAGAACUUUUACCUUAUGUGGUCACAUAAACUAUACAUUUUUGCAAACUUGGUUCUUUUGGAAUAUUUUACUGCCAACAAUGCAGUUCCAUGCGCAGAUUUUGCAGAUUACUAUAAAUCUCUUCAGGAGGAAGAGUCUGUUCAGGAGGAAUUUGAAGGAUUAUUGACGCAGCUCAAAAACGACUUGGCCCUGCGCAAGUACUUGUGUGGGGAGACAAAGGAGCGUGUUGAUGGCGUGACUCACGUGGACAGUUUUACAAGAGAAAACCAGUUCAUUGUGAUUCCCAAACCGAAGCCAAUGUAUCUGUGGGGCUUCGUGCUUCAGCACAAAAUUCAGCAAAUCGUCAUUUUGAACGAAGAAAUUGUGGACCAGGACAAAUUUCUUCCAACUAAAAACCAUCCCAUUGAGUUUGCUAAUGUUGAAUUUCAACUUCACUCUCAAGAUGAGACUCAACAAAUGAAAUAUCUAUGUGUUAAAAUAAGUGAUUCCUCUGUGGCAAAAUACGCCAUGCCAACAAAAUACAUCAAUAUGGUAAUUCUGAAAGGAUGGAAAGAUGUUCACGCACUUCCCUUGCCUUCUGACCUAAUCAGCUUCUGGGAAAACAGCGAGAAACAACGCAAAGGUCCUUGGCAGACUCUCCUCAUUUGCAAGGACGGAUCAAAAUUCUGUGGUUUUUACUUGGCCAUUGGUUACUUGGUGGAGAAAAUUCGGAUGGAGCAACUCGUGGAUGUGGAAUGGGCCAUUCGAAAAUUGCACCAGCAAAACAUCAACGUUGAUUUGAAAAAUACCGAGAAUUUUAAGUACCUCUUUGAUGUCAGCAUGAGCUACAUGAAAAGUCACAGCACUUAUGCCAAUUUUAAUUAAAUUAUGAUGAAAUAGAAGAUUGAGAUAGAAGUUUAGUAGGUUUUUACUUAAUAAAUCAGCAAUAAUUUUUAUUGUUUCAACUCGCAAUGAAAUAUUUUAUUUGAUUAAGUAUAAUCAAAUAGUCUUGAAUAGCAUUUAAAACCCCUACAGUAAGCACUAACUUUGUAUGUAAAAAUGAAGUGUUAUACAAUCAACAAUGCCCAUUUGAUAUUAUUAGAUUUCCAUGGCAGUCGGCUUGUGAAAUUACGCACUUUAGUGAUGUGUUCCAAGCGAGGGUUUUGCUACACUGUGAAAACAUUAUUUAAUUCAGUCUUUGCUUCCGCUGGGUAACUAGGCGAGAUUAAACACG